AUGGUCAAGUCUGUUAACGUUGCAAUUGUUGGCACCGGUGUCGUUGGCUCUGCCUUUGUGAGCCAAUUGCUUAGAAUGUCCUCGUCAAUUAAAUACAAUGUCAUUUACAUUGGUAAUGCUGACCAAUCUUUGAAAGCUCCAACUGGACUUUCAGCAGACAACUGGGCCUCUGCUUUGCAAAGCUCAAAGACUCCAUCGCUUUCGAUUCCCGAUUUGCUAGAGUUUUUGAAAGAGCAAAGCUCGAUCACUAAGUUACCAACCAUCUUAGUCGAUAACACAUCAAGUUUGGCUAUCGCACAAUCUUAUCCAAAAUUUCUUGAAAACAAGAUUUCGAUUGCAACUCCCAAUAAGAAGGCCUUCUCUGACAACUACUCGUUAUGGGAACAACUAUUCAACGAAUCCAGAAAGAAAAAUGACACUGCGUUGCUCUACCACGAGGCAACUGUUGGUGCUGGAUUGCCAAUUAUUGGCACAUUGAACGAUUUAAUCCAAACUGGCGAUAAAAUUAUUAAAAUUGAGGGUAUAUUUUCUGGUUCAUUGUCGUUUAUUUUCAAUUCGUUUUCUCAGUCUGAUGACAUUAAAUUCAGUGACAUUGUAUUGAAAGCCAAAGAAUUAGGUUACACUGAACCAGAUCCAAGAGAUGACUUGGGUGGUUUAGAUGUCGCCAGAAAAGUUAUCAUUUUGGCCAGAAUUUCUGGUUUCGGAAUCAACUCAUUGAAUGAUUUGGAUAUCGAAUCAUUGAUUCCAAAAGAAUUAUCCUCUCCAACUUUAUCAACGGCUGAUUUCUUGAGUCAAUUGCCAAACUUCGAUGACCAAAUUAAACAACAAAAAAUUGAUGCUGCAAAUGAAGGUAAAGUUUUAAGAUUUGUUGGUAGCGUCGACCUCGUGAACAACAAGGUGUUUGUUGGUAUUGCUAAAUAUGACAAGUCUCACCCUUUUGCUUCGUUGCAAGGCUCUGACAAUGUCAUUUCGAUCCAAACCGAAAGAUACACCAACCCAUUGAUUGUUCAAGGUGCAGGUGCAGGUUCUGAAGUUACAGCCGCUGGUGUUUUAGCCGAUACCAUCAAAAUUGCUCAAAGAGUUGCGGUCUAG